GAGCAGGGUAGUGUCCUAAGCUGGGAGAAUGGGAUGGAGCCUCCACCUCGUGAAGUAGCUUCCUUUGGAGGUGGCUAUGGCAGGUCUUCGGAGAGUGGAACUUUUGCUGUUCUCUCAAGCUAUGAAGAGCUUCCUGUGUUAACAUGCCUAAGGGGAAGCUGUAUGUUAAAAACCACCAACGGUUAAGCCCAAGCCAGCUGGGGUCUUCUGCUGUUUCUUCCAGUAUUGCGGGGAGACCCAUGAGAAUUCUCAGUGUUUUUCGAAGUCCUUGGCUUCCAGAAACAAGAAGCUGAGCAUCAGGUUCUCAUUUAAGGCAGAGCUUGGAAAAACGAGAAACAUCAAAAGUCGUAAGAGGAAUAUGCUUUUAAGGCUAUUAACCAGGGUGGCCUUACAUCAGUAGCUGUCAGAGGGAAAGACUGUGCAGUAAUUGUCACACAGAAGAAAGUACCUGACAAAUUAUUGGAUUCCAGCACAGUGACUCACUUAUUCAAGAUAACUGAAAACAUUGGUUGUGUGAUGACCGGAAUGACAGCUGACAGCAGAUCCCAGGUACAGAGGGCACGCUAUGAGGCAGCUAACUGGAAAUACAAGUAUGGCUAUGAGAUUCCUGUGGACAUGCUGUGUAAAAGAAUUGCCGAUAUUUCUCAGGUCUACACACAGAAUGCUGAAAUGAGGCCUCUUGGUUGUUGUAUGAUUUUAAUUGGUAUAGAUGAAGAGCAAGGCCCUCAGGUAUAUAAGUGUGAUCCUGCAGGUUACUACUGUGGGUUUAAAGCCACUGCAGCAGGAGUUAAACAAACUGAGUCAACCAGCUUCCUUGAAAAAAAAGUGAAGAAGAAAUUUGACUGGACAUUUGAACAGACAGUGGAAACUGCAAUUACAUGCCUGUCUACUGUUCUAUCAAUUGAUUUCAAACCUUCAGAAAUAGAAGUUGGAGUAGUGACAGUUGAAAAUCCUAAAUUCAGGAUUCUUACAGAAGCAGAGAUUGAUGCUCACCUUGUUGCUCUAGCAGAGAGAGACUAAACAUUGUCGUUAGUUUACCAGAUCCGUGAUGCCACUUACCUGUGUGUUUGGUAACAACAAACCAACAUUAUGGAGGUCCCUGGAUUGAAAAAGGAACCUCUCCCACUCCUCCUGCCACUGAAGUGGUUAGGACUCUAUAUAAAUAAAAACAACGCUUUUGGAAAAUAA